GAUUACAGAGACUCUCUCUUGUUUCCUCGUGUCAUCAUCGAUGUUGUAUUUCCUCUGAGACCAACGCACAAUCGCACAUACACACGCCCAGAGACAGAGACAGAGAGAGAGGGGAGAGAGAGAAGUAGGAAUUAGGGCUUUUGUUCAUGAAUUCAUAGUUUGAGACGGAGACCAAUUGCCCUAAAAUUCUCUCUCUCGCAAUUCAAUGGUGGAUCAUUCGGACUGUUCGCCUCUCGUCCCUCCCUCGCCGAUCGCCGAGCCCGGCGAGAUCGACCUAGAGGCCGGACCCGGCGAACAAAUUCAAUGCAGAAUUUGCCUCGAAACUGAUGGCAGGGAUUUUAUAGCUCCUUGCAAGUGCAAAGGAACAUCAAAGUAUGUACACCGGGAAUGUUUGGAUCAUUGGCGAGCUGUAAGGGAAGGGUUUGCUUUUGCUCAUUGCACAACCUGCAAGGCCCCUUACCAUUUGAGAGUUCAUGUUGCUGUUGAUAGGAAAUGGCGAACCUUGAAAUUUCGAUUCUUUGUGACUAGAGAUAUUAUAUUUAUAUUCCUGGCCGUUCAGCUUGUGAUUGCUUCACUGGCAUAUUUGGUGUAUUUUAUAGAUGGUUGCAAGCAGUUCUGGCUUCGUCAGGCAUGGGGUUUUGAUAGUGAGCUUAGUUUCUAUUACAUAUGUGGAGCUCUGUUGUUUUUUGCGUUGCUUGGGCUGUCUGGGUGCUUUAUUACUUGUUAUGAUCGACGAGUGCGCAAUGAUUUGGCUCAGCCUUGUCGAGAAUUAUGUCUCUGCUGCUGUCAACCUGGAGUGUGCGCGGACUGUCACUUACCUGGUACUCUCUGUAUGUGGACUGACUGUACCACAUGCUUUGAAAGUUGUGCUGGUAUGGCAACCGAAUGUGGUUGCUUGGGAGGUGCUGGUGAAGCAGGGCUACCAUUGUUAUUUAUAAUGGCUUUGAUUGUUCUGGGACUUUUUACUGUUAUUGGGAUAUUCUACAGCGUGUUGGUGGCUACAAUGGUUGGCCAGCGAAUUUGGCAGCGGCAUUAUCACAUACUUGCGAAAAGGAUGCUAACAAAGGAAUAUGUGGUUGAGGACGUUGAUGGUGAGAUGACGGGAUCUGAUUGGUCUCCCCCGCCUCUUCCGCCGGAGCAUGUUCAACAGCUGAAAACACUUGGCCUCUUAUGAGAGUAGUAGUUCAAAGGGCGGGGUUUCAUUCGUGUUCACAAGAAUAGCCUGAUGUAGAGAUGGGCGAAAGUUUUUAGCACUUAUUAAAGAAGAGCUCCACGGCACUCUUUCAUUCGGUCACAUGUAUAAUUGUGAAUGUUAAUUUGUGAAAAAAAAGUUUCUGAAAUUCUUACUAUUACUUCCCCUCUCAGUAAUUGUAAGAAAACAGGUAUAAAAAUUACCUCCAAUAACUAACAACAGGUAUAUUAAUGAUACCUGCAUGCUA